UUGGCCGCCGGAGUCAGGAGCACGUCCCCAUUGGUUGGGUGGGUUUAGCGCCAAAACGCGGACCGGUUGUGAAGUUGAGGGGCGGGAGCCCAGAGAAGGGAAACGGUAGGGGUAAAGGUGCUGAGGGUCCGGCGACCCUUCGGCGUGAGAACGGACGGUUGACGAGGCUGUGGGGCAGGGGUGCAUCCGCCAUGUUCUGUGAAAAGGCCAUGGAGCUGGUCCGCGAGCUGCGCCACACGCCGGAAGGGCAGCUGCCCGCUUUUAAUGAGGAUGGACUCAGACAAAUUCUGGAGGAGAUGAAAGCUUUAUAUGAACAAAACCAGUCUGAUGUGAAUGAAGCGAAGUCAGAUGGACGAAGCGAUUUGAUACCAACCAUCAAAUUUCGACACUGCUCUUUGUUGAGAAACCGACGCUGCACCGUAGCAUACCUGUAUGACCGGUUACUUCGGAUCAGAGCACUCAGGUGGGAAUAUGGCAGCGUCUUGCCAAAUGCUUUACGAUUUCACAUGUCUGCAGAAGAAAUGGAGUGGUUCAAUCGUUAUAAAAAGUCCCUUGCUACUUAUAUGAGAUCACUGGGAGGAGAUGAAGGUUUGGACAUUACACAGGAUAUGAAACCUCCGAAAAGCCUAUAUAUUGAAGUACCAUUCCUGGGAGCAGCUGCAGCGGGAUAAUAGUAGUGUUCAACUGGAGUAUCCUCAGGGAGAAGCAGCCAGCAGCACGGCCUACUCACACCUCCAGAACCAGAAAAGAAUGGUGCCCUCUGCAAAAGCUAAGUACUAGUACUUAGGUAUAUUUUAUUGCACCCCCCGCCCCCAAGCUGACUUCAAAGGCUGUUGAUUUCCCUGGGCCUGAGAUAGGCCCUGUUUGAGCACCUGGAGCCAUUCUCCAAGCCUUGGAGAAGGAAUAAAUUCACAAUUGGGGGAAAAGAUAAUUUGGCAGCUCCACUAACGUGUGGCGCUCCAGACAGAAGUACCACCUGUCCAGGCAUAAACAGUCUGUGGACUUUGAAUAAUUUUCCCCCCGCGUGGAUGUGUGCAGGCCUAUUUCAUGAGAAUAGGCCCUUGUUGGCAGAUUGCAACUUUUUCAGCUGUGCGGUGGAGAAGUGGGUGUUUGAUGAUUGGCACCACUUUUUCUAUUAAACAGGGUCCUCACCUACCCACAUCAGGGGCCUUAAGGACUGGUGGCUCCACUCAGGACACCCAGCCACCCGCGACAGGGGUCCAAGGAUAACUGGUACCGCCCAGUCCUUAAAGCCAAAAGCAUUGGGUGCCCAUGGUCCAUCUGCAGACCCUACCCACCUGUACGCUCUAGGGAAGAGGGUCACACUUUCCUCAGAGUCACUUUGAGGAUGAUUCUCAGCCUACUGCCUUGUUCAAAACAUGACCCCCUGCUGCAAGCAGAUACCAGUACCUACACCAAUCACCCCUGCCCCUCUAACACUGUAGGACAGAGCCUGUACCACACAUUUGAUGACCAACUACCUGGACACCUGAGCUGAAUCCAUACAAGAAAAGCAAAUGGACUCCUAGACUGAUAAACUUGAUAACAGCUCUAACCAACUGGUGACAGGACGUCAGAGCUUCAAAGGUGAAAGUAAUCAAGCUAGCUCACUCAAGCAACCCAUUUGGACAUAUCAAAACAAAACAAAGCAAGAAACUAGGAUACAGUAAACAAACAUAAAGUAAACUAAUAUAAUAGCUUAUAUAUGGCUCGGAGACAACAGUCAAUAUCAAACCACAUAAAGAAACAGACCAUGAUCCCUUCAACAAGCUCUCAAAGAAUCAAGGGAUCUUCUAGAUGAAAGUGCCUUCCUGGAAUUACCAGAGGCAGAAUAAAAAAGAUUAAUAUACAGAACCCUUCAAGACAUCAAAAACAAGAUCAGGGAAUACACAGAACAAUCCAAGGAACACACAUAUCAAACAGUUGAAGAGAGAAAAACAGUUAUUCGAGAACAUAAGGAAAAAUUUAAUAAGCUGCAAGAACCAUAGACAGCGAUGAGAAAUUCAGAAGAUUAACAAAAAAAUUACAGAAGUAGACAACUCAGUAGAAAGUUGGAGGAGCAGAAUUGAGCAAAUGGAAGUCAGAAUUGGUGAGCUUGAAGAUAAAGCCCUUGGCAACAAUAUACUUGAAGAAAAAUCAGAUAAAAGAAUUUUUGAAAAACGAAGAAAACUUAAGAAUCAUGUGGGACUCUAUCAAGAGAAAUAACCUACGACUGAUUGGAGUUCCAGAACAGGGAGGGAUAACAGAAAAUACCGACAGAAUUGUUGGAGAUUUCUUGGCAGAAAACAUCCCUGAUGCAGCAAAAGGUACUAAUCCAAGAUCCUCAUCGAACUCCACGUAAGAGAGACUAUAAAAGAAAGUCACCAAGAAAAUUAUAAUCAAACUUGCCAAAAUCAAAGAGAAUUUUAACAGCAGCUAGAGAUAAAUGAAAAGUCACCUACAAAGGAGAAUUAAUAAGAAUAAGCUCGAAUGACUGCAGAAACCAUGCAGGCAAGAAGGCAAUGGGAUGACUUAUAUAAAACAUUGAAGGAAGAAAACUGCCAGGCAAGAAUCAUAUAUCCAGCAAAACUGUCUUUCAAAUAUGAAGGCAAAAUUAGGACAUUUCUAGAUAAACAGAAGUUUAGAGAAUACAUAAAAACCAAACCAAAACUACAAGAAAUACUAAAGGGAGUUCUUUGGUUAGAAAAUCAAUAAUAUCAGGUAUCAACCCAAGACCAGAACACUAGACAGAGCAAUCAGAGGUCAACUCGGACAGGGAAACUACAAAAAUAAAUCAAGAUAAAAAAAAAAA